AUGCAUUCUGGAACAACGGUGCAUGUUAUUGCUGUUAGAAUGGCGAGAGACACAGAUGACGAUGAAAGCGGAGAGGACAUUGAUCCUGAUAGCGAGGAUAAUGACGAUGGAGACAAAAUUGCUUUCAAGCCAGCAGAUCCACGUGUAGUGAAGCCCCCCAGGGUGCCAAUAUCCGCGGAAAUCAAAGAGGCUGUCAAGCCUAUCGAUCUUCAUAUUUACGUCCACCUGAAUGGUUUAGGAAGAAACCAUAGAUUUGAGUCGAGCCGUGGUUGGGAGCGGAAAUCAUGGAAGGUGAUCUAG